AUGCUAAAGCCAUGCUUCGCGGAACCUCCACCUUUAGUCAACGUGACAGUCCACGCCUCCACCAUCCUGGCUUUAAUACUUUGGAACGUGGCGGGAGACGGAGGCCAUCCCAUCACAGACUUUACUGCACAGUACCGUUCUGCGGCACCGGUUAACGGCUCCCUGGAGCCAUGGCGGCCUAUUAGCCCCAACCAUAUCAGUCCUAAUUCGCGUCAAAUAGACGUGUACCAUCUGGACACUAAUGCGUCCUACUGGUUCAGAGUGUGGGCUACCAACAUGCUCGGGCCAGGUCCACCGGUGGAGGUGCUUGCCACCACGCUGUAUAGCGAUCAGGAGGCUGAACUAUACAAACGCUUCUUCGAGGGCGCAGAAUCGUUCGACACACGCACGUGGGUCGCUGCAGUAUGUGUGGUGAUGGGUACCCUCGUUGUACUGGCGGCUGGUACUUGCGCAGUCCUGUGCCGCGAGUGGCGACGCAACGAUUAUAUAGAGGAUCAAGAUGUAAUGGAGCUAGUGCCUAACAUAAUCCUGAACCCUGGCUUCAUGGAGAUGGAUCCCAUCAGGCCACGCGAGCCACUGGCGUCGUCCAUCAUCAGGUCAACGGAGUGUCCAGGGCCAGGAAAGCCGAGACGAGUUUGA